UCAAGUCAGGUGACUCUAGACCGAGUGAAAAUAUUUAUCGGGAAUUUCCGUAAUGUAAUUAUUUUAAAAUAACGGGAUAUCCGACUGUGUACGGAAAGAAACGAACGUAAAUAAACAAAAGGCGGUCGUUUAAAUACGAUAGAUACAAGUUGGGCGAAAUACUAGAGGAUCUUUUUAGAAAAUUGUAUGGUUUUAAAAUGGUGGUGCCAAAAAGAAAUUUGAAAGCUAGAUCAGCUGUUACUUCUAGAAAGAGUUCCCUAGACUCACCAGUGUGGACAUCUGCAAAAGAAGUAUUUAAGUCACCCAGUUCUCCAUCACCAGUACGCAGAGUAACUCGAAGGACUUCAGUAUACCAGAGUAAAGCAUCAAGCUCAGACAGCUUUAAGAUGCCUCUUCCAAAAAUGGUAUUAUCACCACCUGGAGUGAAAACACGUGCUAGACGUUCAUCAAUCUACCAGAAGGGAGGUGGAAAGCUUAUAUCUCCUAAGAAUACCCGUGCCCGUAGAGCUUCUAUGUAUAUAUCUUCAAAAACUAAACAGGAACCUACCACUGUUUUCUCCAAAGUAUGGGCUACCCCAAUCAGACAACCAGAGACAGUUGUUGAGAAUUCACCAGAAAAACCAGUAGUGAAGGAAAAAGCUGACACAAAUAAGACGCCAAAAUCUGUUAAUAAAUCAAAUACAACUGAAAAUAGAAAUAAUUCAUCACAGAAAUCCCCUACUCCAAAGAAAAUUAGCAAAACUCCAAAGGUGGUCCAACCUGUCAAUGAGAAGAAAGAAAAUGAAUCUUCAAAACAAUUCAACAAGACCCCAAAGCGCUCACCAACCAAGGCUAGCCCAAAGCAACAAACAAAAUCUGUCAGUAAAUCAACAAAGAAAUCUCCAAAUACAAAACGCGGAAAGAAUACAUCACCAGUUCAAAAAAAGGCAUCAAUGAUUAAGCAAGGAAUUGUUACAUCAACUCCAACCAAGUCUCUGGAGCAAAUAACUGGCAAGUCAUUUUAUGCCACACCUGGAGAAACACCAAUCCAAUCUCAAAGAACAGAUGACAUUUUCGUGUUUUCAGCAAAGCCUGUUAAAUCUGCGAAAAAGUCAUUGAAGAAGUCUGUUCAGAUAACACCAGUAGAGACACCAAAGAAGUCUGCUAAAACACCCAAACGAAUGCCUACCCGUAACACACCAGCUGUUAAACGAUCCAGACUGAAUGAUUCAGCAGAUUCAGAUGCCAGUUUGAGGGAUAGCCCUCCUGCAAAGAGAGUAAAAGCUACUCCAAGAACAUUAAAAUCUGUAAAAAGAUCUGUUAAAAAAGUCACAUCUGUAGAUGACAAGGUGAUGAUGGUAAAGGAAAAGCCGAAACUUUCCCCUGUCCAAAUGUCAUCAGUUUUGAAAUCUGUUACUGAGACAGAGAAGAGGAAAGCUUUAGAUUCUCCUUCUCCAAGACCUACAAAGAGAGCGAAGGUAGAUGCUGCAGAUCAACAAACUCCAAGAGUUUUCAAAACAGUAAAGAGAAGUUCACCGAAGAAUCUAGCGGAAGUUGUUUCCAUCAGUCAAAAUACAAAUAACAAUGGUGAAGAGGCUGGAAACACAUCUUUGCUUAAUGAUACCAUAAAUAGUGACAGCAGGGGUGGGCGAUGUAUCAUCUUAUAAAGCAGACUUCAAUAGUGGUGUAAAUAUUUCUUUAUAAUCUACUGUAAUUUAACAAUGACUGUACUGUACUUAAGUUUUACGAGUCACACCAAAAUACAUUUGUAUCCAGACUAAUUCAUGCUUGUUUUCUGCAAAAUUUUAAGAAAUUGUCUUGACCUAUAUACAUUUAUCUUAUUUAUUCAUAAUUUUAGAGAGUAGUCAAUUUUCUUAAAUUUUUGUACUGCAUGUAUUACCCAAGUUUAAAAUGUAUCAAUACUGGGAUUGUUAUUCUUUGGGAAAUGCUAUCUGGAGACAGCAGGCAAAUGUUAUUGCAUUUUGACCUUCAAUUUAAUU